AUGGCAAUCACCAUAACGUCCACGGCCGCGUGGCCACCCACCGCAAGUCGCACAAUCCCCCUCGAGCUCUCGCGCCUCCUCAACGAGAUGGCUAGCGACCACGCCUUCACUUUCACUGCUUCAAACCAGGAAGUCACCAGCUUCUCAUUCGAACCAACGACGUCUGCAUCCAAGAUCGUCCCUCAUAGCACGGCGCAAGUUACGGACAUCUCGAUGCCGAGCCAGACUGUGACUCCGACAGAGACGCCGAGCCAGCACGAAUCACCCACACUGCAGUCGUAUGUGCCUCCACAGAACACGGCGAAAUGGUAUGAGGCGGCGUGGGUAGGCCCAUUCACCUGGCUUCUGGCUAUCUACUGCUGCGUCAGCGCUUUCAUCCUGGCUGUUUUGUUCUACUGUCGCGUCCUGAACUGGCGCCUCGAGCUGGAUCUCACCAAACUACCUGCCGUCCGACCCCUGGAUGCCAACGAGUGGCCCUACAUCUUGUACCGUGACCAGCAGGAUGCGUAUACUGAGUUGCAGGCACGCGAGGUGGAGAGACGGAGGACUGAUGAGAUUGUUCUUGAGAACUUGCGGGUGCAUGGGAUUUUGUGA